CUCAGUGACGGUUCAAUGGUUGCCUCGGGGACUGGGGGCCUUCUGGGCUCCACGGGUGCAGCAGUCUUCAGUGAGCCCGCAUUCCGGAGAAUACCGCGCUCUAGGCUUGGAGGCUGUCAGGGGCCAUGGACUCCAGCUCUAGCUUCUCCGCGAGGCUGGAGUUGCUGCUAGGGGCGUUGCUCCUGCUGCUGGAGGGCAGAGAGCUGGUGGGGGGAAAUAAUGGCCUUCCCCGAGAAGCUAAUUUCCUGGAUUUCUCGCCUGUCAAUCGUCAGUCCUCACGCUCCAAUUCUUCCCCAAAUGAAGAUGAAAAAUACACAGUAGUCAAGAAGGUAGAAUAUGGAAUGUGCACAGUUACAUGUGGCAUUGGAAUUAGAGAAGUUUUACUAACAAAUGGAUGUCCUGGAGGAGAAUCAAAGUGUAUUGUUCGAGUGGAAGAAUGCAGAGGACCAAUAGACUGUGGAUGGAAUAGACCAAUUUCAGAAAACAUUUCUACUGCGAAACUUUCUUGUAUUUAUAUACCACCAGUGAAACGAUUCAAGUAUAUAUGGAAACUGCUCGUUCCAGGCCAGCAAGCACUCAUUCUUCCCAAUGACUCAGCUAUCUUUGAAGUACACCGGGAAAAUCACCCAGUAGCAUUCCAGUGUGACACAUCAGAAAAAAAUGAAGUAAUUGCCACUGUAAAGUAUACUGUAUAUACCACAGGUGAAUUACAGACAAGAAAAAUAAGUCGACCAAACACUGAUAUAAUACUGGUCUUUGUCCUGAUCACUGGUGUCAUUAUUUGUAUUGGUGUGAUCUUUGCAUUAGUCUUCAUAGUUAUUCACUGGGGUGCUGUAAAAACACUUUGGGGAACAAAAGACUCUCUUUCAGAAAUACGUUCUGAAGAAAGUUCAGUUAAAUUGCAAGAAUCAACUUGUCUGGAAACAUUGCCAACAGAUACCUUUGCGACUGAAGAAGAUAUCUUAGCUGAAUGGAAUGAGUAACACAAAAGCUAUGAGACAAAAGAGGAGUAUAAUAUGUAAAAUUCAUUAUUCUAUAAAUAAAAUAUAUACUAAAGUA